AUGGAAAAAGAAAUAGACGAAUUUUAUGAUAUAAUAUGUAAUGAAAUAUUAAAUUAUUUUCUAUUACCAAAUGAAAAAAAUAAAUAUUUAAGUUAUAAAAGGAUAAAAAUAUUUAUAAGUGAUUUAAUUGAUUUCUUAAAUUCGGAAAGCUUUUAUAUUUUUACUAAUUAUCGUGAAUCAAAAGAUAAAGAAGAAAUUUUUUUUAAACCUAAACUUUUUUCUUUCACAUUAUUACCACAAAAAUUAAAUAAAGAGAUAUUAGAAUUAUGUAGAGAAUGUACAUUACUAUAUUCAGAAAUAUUUGAUAGUAUGAUUUGUGAUAUGCAAUUUUUAUUAAAAACCUUUGAAAAUACAAAAGAAUAUGAUGAAUUUUAUAAAAGUAUCAUUGAUAUAUGUGAAAGAGUAUAUUUAAACAAAGAAAACGGAAGAGAUAUAAAAAAUGAUAUUCGUUGUGUUAUAGGAAGAUCUGAUUAUAUGACUAACAAAAAAGACAAUCAAAAAGAAGACGAUAUUGAAAUAAAGCAAGUAGAAUAUAACACGAUAGCAGUUGCAUUCGGGAAUUUAUCAUCUAUUUUAUUUAAAGCACACAAAAAUAUUAUCAAAGAAAUUUAUAGAGAAUAUUUUCCAUAUUUUAAUGAAAAAAAUGAAAAAGAAAUAAAUGAUAUAUUAGAGAAAAAAUUUCAAAAUAAUUUCACAGAAGGCAUAAUUACUUGUUUCAUUGAAUGUCAUAAUGCUUACAUAUCUAACUUUAAACCAUUACAAGGAAAAUACAAAACAAUCAUAAUUUCAGUUUCAGUUGGUGAUGACUUAAAUAAAUUUGAUAAAUAUAAAACGAAGAAUGAAUUAAAAAAAUUUGGUAUUGAUCAAAUGUUUUUUACUUUAAAAGAGUUGCAAGUUUUAUUUGAAAAAAAAAAACUUUUUUUAAAUUAUAGACAUGAAACUUUACGAGACUCUUUAAAUAGAAUAAAAAAGAAUUCUAAUGAUUAUGAACAAUUUAAGCCAGGAAAAUUAUUUUUAAAUUUAAAUGAUGAUGAUGCUAAUUUCUUAAAUGAAACAAAUUAUGAAAGGAAUAUAUAUGAAAUAAGUGUAAUAUAUUUCCGAUCUCUUUAUUCUCCAUAUCAUUUUAAUGAAACAAUUUGGAGUUUAAGAGAGAUGAUUGAAUUUAGUGAUUCAGUUAAAAUUCCAUCUUUACCAUAUCAAUUAGUAGGAUCUAAACGGAUUCAAAUGCUAUUAUUAGAUGAUGAUAUAUUAAAAAAAUAUAUAUCAUAUGAUUUAAAUAAAAAUAAAAAAACAGAACAACAAAUUAUUAAUGAUAUGAAUACACUGAAAAAAUCUUUUGCUUUACAAGUUGAUCCAUCAUUAGAUAAAAAUUCUCAUAUAAUCUCUUUAGCAAUUGAAAAUGAGAAAAAUUUUUUACUAAAACCACAAAGAGAAGGAGGAAUGAAUAAUUUGCAUGGCAGUGAUGUUAAAGAAAAACUGAUGCUUUAUUAUGAUGAAAAAGAAAAACAUAAAUUAUCAAUUUACGUUUUAAUGCAGAAAUUAUUCCCAUCUUCAUUCAUAACUGUCCAUUGUAGAACAAAAAAAAAAGAAAAUGAAGAUAAUGAUCAUUCAUACUUUAUUGAAUUUUCUCCAGAAAAAUCAAUCUCUGAAAUUAGUUUGUUUCAUAAUUUUAUUUUUUAUAAAAAUAAAAACAUUUUAAAUGAACAAAAGGGUUAUUUAAUUAGAACAAAAAAUAUUAAUGAAAAUGAAGGAGGAGCUAUAUGCGGAAUUUCAAGUUUAGACUCUUUUUUUUUAAUAUAG